CAAUCAUCAAAAGGAAAAAAAAAAAACAGUAAUACUAAUAUUUAAGUAACAAACUUAAAAAUGGCUACAAUAACUUAUUGUGCCUUCACAUUUAUAUUAUUCUUGCUAGCACAUUUCGGGGAAAGUGCUACUUUCAACGUAGCUGCAAAAGCUAAUGUAGAUGUUGGCCCGGCAUUGUUGAAAGCUUGGAAAGAAGCAUGUGCGACCAAAACUGCCAGCACCAUUGUCAUCCCAAAAGGUACAUACCCAAUGACCCAAGUUGUACUCAUAGGUCCAUGCAAAGCCCCACUUGAGCUUCAAAUCAUGGGUACCUUGAAGGCCCCUCCAAAUCCAAAAGAUAUGGAUAUAAAAAAGGAAUGGUUUACCAUUCGAUACAUAGAUCAUUUCACACUAACAGGUGGUGGGACCUUGGAUGGCCAAGGAAAUGUCAUUGUUUAUCCCGCCAAAGGAAAAAGUCAUAAGCUACCCAACAAUUUGAGCUUGAAUUUCUUAACAAAUUCGGUAAUCCGAGGCAUAACUACUCUAAACAGUAAACAAUUUCACGUCAAUGUUCUUGGUGGCAAGAACUUAACGUUUGAUCAUUUCACCGUUAAAGCCCCAGGAGAUAGUCCCAACACAGAUGGAAUUCAUAUUGCAAAAAUAGUUGGUGCUGUAAUUAAAGAUUCUGUUUUUGCAACCGGAGACGAUUGCAUAUCAAUUGGGGACGGGUUAGAAAACUUGAAAAUCACAGGUGUGACAUGUGGGCCUGGACACGGCAUCAGUGUGGGUAGUCUUGGCAGAACUCCAGGUGAAACGCCAGUGAAAGGCAUGUUUGUGUCAAACACUAAAUUUAUUGGUACCGAUAAUGGUGCUAGAAUUAAAACAUGGCCUAGUUCUCAUCCUGGAGUUGUAACUGAUAUUCAUUUUGAGAAUAUAGACAUGAAAAAUGUCAAAAACCCAAUUGUGAUUGAUCAAGAAUACUGUCCGAAUAACGAAUGCAACAAGCAGAAACCAUCACUAGUAAAGAUUAGCAAAGUAAGCUAUAAAAAUAUAAAAGGUACUUCUGCAACACCGGAUGCAGUGAUCCUUGGAUGCAGUAAGGGGGUGCCAUGCGAAGGAGUUGAAAUCGGUGAUAUUAACUUGACAUUCAAAGGAGGUGCUGCAAAAAGUGUUUGUAAGAAUGUGAAGCCUAAGCUAACCGGAAAGCAAGUUCCACCACUGGUUUGCAAAUGAACAACUUUGUUAUGAUAUAUGUUGGCUGAAGAAUUAUUGAUUAGUAACAAAUAAUGUUGUAAUAGUUGGUUAAUUUAUUGUUACAAUUUCAUGGUCACACAAAGGGCUAUAUAUUUUCAAAAUAAAAAAAAAAGAAGGUAUUAAUUAAAAUAAUAAUAAUUAGUGACGA